AUGCUCAGUACCAAGGUUCGCUGGACACGGCUACAAAUACCACUAGCUUCCUUGGAAUACGGUACGCAGCUCCUCCGCUUGGUGUGUCCAGUUUUGUGUAGCGUAUACAAUGCCAACCCACACACUAAACACAUAGGAAACUUGAGAUGGGCAGCUCCGCAGCCUCCACCGACCAUCCCAGGCGUUCAACAAGCUAACACGCAAUUAAAUGAAUGUUAUCAAGCACCCCUGGGCAAUGCCUCAACAAAUCCUUUCGGAAGCGUCUCUUUAAGCAAGAGGGCUGUCAGUCAGUCGGAAGACUGCUUAUUUUUAAACGUAUACACCCCAGGAAGUGUGGUUGUGGCCACUCCGUCGGAUGGGCUCCCAGUAGUCGUGUUUGUUCACGGAGGAGGGUAUAUCUCGGGGGCUGCGAGUUUAUACGACGGUGCAGAUCUAAUCGUGGAAUCGAAUUAUGGUGCCAUCACUGUCGUGCUCCAGUACCGCCUUGGUUUAUUCGGUUUUCUUUCUGGACAAGCGGUCAAAGAAGGGGGUGCGCCUAACGCUGGACUACUUGACCAAAAUUACGCUUUGCAGUGGGUACAGGCAUACAUAAGUCACUUCGGUGGCGACCCUACGAAGGUCACGAUUUGGGGACAGUCUGCUGGCGCCGGUUCUGUGAUACAGCAUGUUGUUGCUCACGGAGGCAACACGCAACCUCCCCUCUUUAGAGCCGCCAUGACGAGUUCCACGUUCUUGUCGUCACAGUACAAUUAUAAUGACCGUAUUCCGGAGUCCUUUCAUGGUCAAUAUUUGGCCGUUUCUGAGCUAAUACUCUCAACUCACAGCUGUGGCUCAAGUUCGGAUACCCUCUCUUGCGUGCGCGCUGCAGACAUCAAUACGCUGCAAACCUUGAACUCUAACAUCAACCUCGAUGGUUUCUAUGGCAUGCUCACAUUUGUCCCUGUUGUGGAUGGGACUUUCAUCAUGGAAAGACCCACUGUAACACUCAGCAAGGGCCGUUUGAAUGGUAACCACCUUCUUGCGGUAGUGAAUACGCAUGAGGGGAACAUCCUUGUGAAUCAAUCAACGACAUUGGAUGUUGCAGAUUUCAUCAGGACGAUUUACCCAAACUUUGGUCCUGCUCAGAUUACUGGAGCAGCGAUGAUGUACCAGAACAUGGGAAGCAACGUCGAUCAGGCAAAUCUUGUGAUGGGUGAAUCAAUGUUCAUCUGCCCUACUUAUUAUAUGCUCAAAGCUUUCGGCAAACGAGCGUGGAAGGGCGAGUUUGCAAUUCCACCUGGCCUCCAUGGAGAUGAUGUUGGAGAGUACUUCACUUCGGAUGGUCCUUUAUACAAUAAUUCUCAGUUCAUCACUUCCUUUUCGAAUUCCUUCAUGGCUAUGGCCAUAUUUGAGACUCCUGACCACAGAUACGCCCCAAGAGAUAUCACACCUUCCUGGAAGACAUGGAGACAAGGUUUUACAGAGAUGAUCUUCAAUGAGACUUCUGAGGGAGCACCUCACGUCUACACUUCCAAGACCGACAUGGCCUUACUCAAGCGUUGCACCUACUGGCGACAUGUGUCGGCGUAUUCGGCGCAGUGA